AACGCCGAAGAGGUUUGGAGAAGCCGUCCGACAGGAGUCCACUGGCCGUGGGAUGCGAACGACGUCACUUGACCGGUUUGGCACAUUUGGGUCAUUGGGGUUCCUGCGGCCAGAGGCGCCACACCCGGAGGAAUGGGUGACGUGGGGGUUGGUCAAUGCUUGUCAAGCAGGUUCUGGUCUGGAGCUGUUCCUGCGUCCCUGAAAUGAAGAUUGCUCCACCUUGGGUUUCCAACACGACGGGUCUGCCACUCUGCGAAAGGGGCAGAUUGGGUAGCAUGACCGAUCUCUCCAUCGGCGCUGCCGUCCAAUGCAACCUGUUGACCUUGGUGGUCUUGAGGGAGGGAGCAGAGCACGAGCCACGAGUUACUCGCCAUUACAUAGACGGUGCGGCUGCGUCUAACGUUAACUACCGUGUACGCAGCACGGUUCGUUCAGCCUCGCAGGCGUAUCCCCGCCAGCUGAAGGCUUCAGAACGAAAGUGUUGCGGAAUCUGCCUUGUGGCUGGUAUCCUCAACCCUGCACCGCCAUCGUCAAGUGAAGGUUUUCGCCGCCAACACCCCUCAAUUCCAUCAAAAUCCGGCUGUCUGGGAAAUGAAGGCCAAGCAAGCGAGACCGGAAGCUGUUCCGUAACGCCACGACUGGGGCCCGGGGUUCUUCAACUGGAAACCGCGCGAGCCAGGUGCCAGGAACUCCACCCGUCGAGGUCGACCCACGUGUGGCCAAGCUCCCAGGCCAAAGUUUGGUGCGGCUGGGUUCCGGGCAACGGCCAGGAAACUGCAAAUUGUGUGGUUUGCAUCGCUGGUAGCGCAUAUUAAGAGACAAUAUUGCCAGGGCAAACAGAGAUCCUGUGACACGGACGAAGUGAGAGAGAGAUACACGAAGUCAGAUCGAGUCUCCACGGUGGACCUCCAGCAUGCAGUCAGUGGGCAAACUCUC